AUGUGGGGGCGAGAUGGCCCAAGUGGUUUGAGCGCGAAUUUAUUGACCGGAAGGUCCGUGGUUCGAAUCCGACCUCCGCCUCUCGACUUCCCCUGUCUAGGCUUGGGCAACCUGGCAGUAUCCCAGCCCUCGGCUUCGGCUGGCAUGGCAGCUAGGCACCGGAAGGGUGCUACAGCUGAACGCCUUUUUUCGUUGAAUGUGACACUACACUCCUUGUUGCCUUCUUUUAUACAGCGUUUCUUGUGUCUGGUGUACUCCGGUCUAGUCAUGGGAUUGUUAAAAUUGGUUCGCAAUGAAGGAGUUUUCGCGUUGUGGCGUGGACUCGGGCCGUCCUGUAUGCUGAUCGUACCACAAACUGCUGUCACGUUUGCCGCGUACGAGCAGCUCAAGCGGACAUAUCAGAAGCAUAUAGUGGGCAGCGUGAAUGCCUCUUCACCAGACUUGAAGGAAUCGCUUCCCCGGUGGGCUAGUCUCUUAGCUGGCUCUGUGUCUGGAUUGGUCGCCAAAACAGCAGUUUACCCAUUGGAUCUAAUCAAGAAACGUUUGGCUGUUCGUGGCUUCGAAGAGGCUAGGCGCUGUUUCGGUCAAGUCCCGGACUCAUAUACAGCCGCUUCUUAUAAGGUAUCUACCUUGCGCCGAGUGCCGACACAGUUCUAUGCCACACUCGCUUGCUUUCGUGGCAUUUUGGUUCAAGAGGGUCUCAUUGGACUGUUCAAAGGCUGGACACCUUCAGCAUAUAAGGCCAUGCUGAGCACGGGCCUCACUUUCUUAUUUUUCGAACAGUACUUGCAACUUUUGAAAAUUCAGUGGUCAGAGUGCGAAUUUGCUGACUGGAAGGUCCGUGGUUCGAACCCAACCUCUGCCUCUCGACUUUCCCUGCCUAGGCUUGGGCAACCUGGCAGUAUCCCAGCCCUCGUGCUUCCUUCGGGUGGCAUGGCAGUCAGGCACCGAAAGGGUGUUACAGCCGAACUAUUACUAUUAUUACAUUUGGAUACCACAUUUAUUUAG